AUGCACAAGGCCGGUAAAAGAAAUACAAACGCCGACGCCUUAAGUAGAAAUCCUAUAUGCAACAUUAAGAAAGACGAAGAGAAUGAAGAAGACAAGGAGAAGACAAUGCGCGAAUAUACAGAAGAAGAGAAACAGCGGAUAUUAUAUGAAUAUCACGAUUCACCGACAGGAGGACAUCAAGGUGUGACACGCACACUAAAUAGAAUACGAUUAACGCACAACUGGCGAGGCAUCACAAGAGAUGUCGAAAAUUAUAUAAGCAAAUGCGAGAAUUGUCAGAAAAAUAAAUUAAGUCGGAAAACAAAAAUGCCAUUAGAAAUUACGGACACCCCCAUAAAACCUUUCGAGAAAUGCGCACUCGAUAUCGUAGGACCACUAACGGUAACUACAGCAGGGGAUAAAUAUAUCCUCACCUUUCAGGAUAAUCUAACGAAAUUUAGUAAAGCAAUACCUAUUGCAAACCAGGAAGCCGCAACAGUAGCAAAAGCGUUUGUAACGCGAAUAAUUGUUGAAUACGGGAUACCAGAAAAAAUUUUAACCGAUCAAGUCUACGGACGCGAAGCUACCUUACCAACAUCACUAACAACACCUCCAAAACCAUCAUAUACUUAUGAUGACUAUGCUCAAGAAUUAAAAGAACGAUUACGAGCAACGAAUCAAAUAGCCAGAGAACACAUCAAGGAAGAAAAAAUCAAGGCAAAAGAAUAUCACGAUAAAAAAGCCAAAGAAAUUAAAUUCAAAAUAGGGGACAAAGUACUUCUAUACGACGAAACUCUCCGUCGCGGACGAUCGAAAAAAUUAGACGCGUUAUGGACCAGGGAUCCUAUGAACAACAAGCCCAAAAUGCACAAUAAUCCAUGUGAAAUAAUCUAA